AUCAUUAUAUUAUUAUACAAUUUUAGUCAAUUUUGCAUUAUUAAACAUACUGUUUUGAUCUGAUAGCAAAAUGCAUUUAAUAAGUAGAGGAUGAAUGAAGAAAAACAAAACAAAUUAAUGAUAAAAACUGAUUUGAAAUGAGUUUUAGCUAUGAUUCCUUCUUCAUACUUCUGGUAGCCAUGUUCUUGGGGUGUGUCUAUCACGUGAAAUUAACACGUGGAUGCAUCCGGUCAUAUGAUCAGCUCCACUAAUUACAUUCCAGCAUGCAACAAAAAAGCCUUGAGUGUCUCCAGACCCUUCCUCCAAAAGCGAAGGGGCGGGGCACGAGACUAGCUUUGUUCGAAGAAUAGUUUUGUACCACCAGAACUUUAGUACUGACUGUCUUCUUCAAAUACCUCUUUAAUUAUCAUUAUCGGUCACACCCAUCUUCAUUAAUUGCUGCAACAAAGCACGAGGCUCCUUGUUUGUAUUUUUGUUUGGACUCAUUGAAUCUCUCAGCUGCCUUUUCUUAUCAUAAAUACUACCUCUAUUGAAUAUGGCGACACGCCCAUGUACAUACUCUACAUGGCCUGAAAUAAGCAUGACGAAUGCUAUCAAAGCUGUUGAAGAAGAGGGGUUGACAGUUAGACUUGCAGCGGAGCUAUAUGGCAUUCCCAAAUCAACACUUUAUGACAGGAUCAGGGGAAAUGUUCAACAUGGAACUAAACCUGGCCCAGUGCCGUAUCUUACAAAAGAAGAAGAGGUUAUUUUGGCUAAGUUUUUAAUCAAAUGUUCUCAGAUUGGAUUUCCCCGCACAGUUUCAGAAGUUCUUGCACUAGUAAGACAAACAAUUCAGUCAAAGGGUUUAAGUGACAUCUCAAUUUCUUAUGGAUGGUGGCAGAAAUUUUGUAGCAGGCACAGUGAAUUAUCACUUCGUACUGCUGUACCUUUAAGUCUUUCGAGAGCCAUGGCCACUGAUAAUAGUGUCAUACAAAAGUAUUUUGAUAUACUUGAAGACACACUUAAAGAAAAUUCUCUAUUCAACAAUCCAACUCGCAUAUUCAACUGUGAUGAAACAGGACUCCCAUUGAAUCCUAAAUCUUUGAAAGUUGUGAGUGGUCGUGGAGCUAAGAAUGUCAGUCAAAUCACUGGAGAAGGGAAGUCUCAAAUCACAGUUCUGGCAUGCACUUGUGCAGCUGGAGUACCGUUGCCUCCAUUUGUAAUAUUUGAUUGUAAGACCUUUAAUGAUCAGCUAAUGGUAGGAGAAAUACCAGGUACACUUUACGGCUCAUCUCCAAAUGGAUGGAUCAGUAGAGAGCUGUUUUUGUACUGGUUUCGUAAGCUGUUUUUAACGAGUGUUCCUAGCGUACGUCCUCUCCUUCUCCUGAUGGAUGGUCAUUCUACUCAUUAUGGUCCUGACCUUAUCAAGAUAGCAGCUGAAGAGCAAAUUUUAAUAUUUGUAUUGCCACCCAAUACCACUCAUUUAACACAGCCACUUGACAAAGGGUGUUUUGGGCCAUUAAAAACUGCUUGGAAGGCUGUGUGUCAUGAGUUCUGCACUAAAAACCCUGGUUGUGUGGUAACCAGAUACAAUUUCUCUGUAUUAUUUGCUGAUGCAUGGAGAAGGUCAAUGACACAGAGAAACAUUGCAAGUGGCUUUGAAGUAACCGGCAUAUGUCCUUUCAACAGAAAUGCUAUUAAAACUGGCAAUGACAAGCAAGAAACCAUCAGCCGUUCACUGUUAGACCAGACUGGUCUAGCAUACAUACCGCUCUAUAGUCCAGACAUAAAGAGAACGAGGGAUCAUGAUUCUUCAUUCAAUUCUAGUCUCUUGGAGAGAUCACUUUCAGAGAAUGAUUUAUCGCAAGCUGUCACUCCAAUGUGAAGAGUAAUGCCUAUAGAGUCUUUUCUGAAAACUCCUAGUCAUCCCAGUAGCAAGCCCACCCUGAAGCCUAAAUCAUGCGGAAGAGUAUUGACUAGUGUUGAAUUCAUGACAUGUAUAGAGGAAAAGGAAAGAAUGAAGCAGGAAGCCUUGAAGGAGA